AUGACCCAGGCGAUUCAACUUGACGGAAUGAAGCCGUCGGAGCGUGCCUUGGGGGCUGUUUUAUUUGCAGAGAAAGAUAAAAACUGGGACAUGGGGUUUAAAAGCCCGUCGCUGGAACUGAUCCCUCUGGUUCUAUCCAUUUUGAUCGAUGUCAAGAGCAGUGGAUUACAGAGUAAUAAAUUCCUCAUGGUUUGA